AUGAUUAGGUCGAGUUCAGGGAUCGGAUCGGCCACUGCUAUCCAUCUGUCGGCUUUGGGCGCACAAGUGGUGAUCACUGGCAGAAACGCCGACAGAUUGCACGCGAUUGCUCUCCAAUGCGACCACAAAUCCACACAAGGCUUAAAAGCGCUUCAAGUGAUCGCCGAUUUGGACGACGAGAAUGACUGCAAACGACUGAUCGAUACGACGAUAAAAAAAUUUACUAAAAUUGAUGUUCUCGUCAAUAAUGCGGCAGAAUUUAACUGCAAUAGUAAUAUAAUAAAUGAUGACUCCAUACACGUCUACGACAAGGUAAUGCGGACUAAUUUGCGAAACACGUUUGUCUUAACACACUUUGCAGUUCCGCAUUUAAUUAAGACAAAGGGAUCGAUUGUCAACAUAUCAAGUGUAUCGGCUUUCAAACCGUUUGCUAAUGCUUUGGCUCACAGUAUGGCUAAGAGUGCUAUCGAUAUGUUUACCCGAAGUCUCGCCUAUGAAUUAGGGCCUCAAGGAGUGCGAGUCAAUAGCAUUAAUCCGGCUCAGAUAAAGACUCCGGUUUACGAGAACUUCGGUAUGAGUAAAGAGGAGGUCGAGAAGAUGUGGUCAGAAGUGAGCAAAAAGUAUCCGCUGGGAAGACCGGGAGAGCCCAAAGACGUGGCCAAAGCGGUGGCAUAUCUGGCGUCGGAUGACUCGUCGUUUGCGACGGGAGUGUCUAUCAAACUGGACGGAGGUUUCAUGGAUUCGCUUCAAUUCAUUUUCAGCUAA